UAUAGUAUACUCUUCUAUCCACUCCAUUUGUCUCCAUUUUCUACUCACAUAGCUUCCAUUUUUUCUCUUCUCCAACAUCAUCAAUGGAGGACGAAGAAGAAACACAACAAAUACUAAAAGUUCUCGAAGCACUAAAACAAGCUUCACAACAACUACAAUCCAACCCAGAAUCUGAUACAUCUGAAUCCGACUCAUCUUCAUCAUCCGCCAUUAAAGCUUUGCUCGAGCUCGACACUUACUCCGACCCAAACCUCUUAAACCUAUCUCACCAUCUCUCCGAUCUCAAAACCCUAAUUUCUUCUUUAGAUAAAUCGAAACACAAACAUGGUAGAAUCAAAUCAUUCCUCACUCGAAGAGUCAAAACUCAUGAAAUCACAAAAGUCGCAGAAUCAAUCGAAUCAGAAAUCCAAGCUUGGAUUGAUCGAGAAUCGAUUACAAAUCUCGCUAAUCAGCUCCAACAAAUCCGUUUACAAUCAAAUUCAUCGCAAUACGAAGAAGAAGAUGAAAUUGUUGAGAAAUUAACUAUUUUCCAUGAUCGAUUGAGUCAGGGUUUCAACAUAAACCUUCAGGAUUUGUUGUUGAAAUCAAAAAUAUUCUCCGAACUCGAAUAUCUCCUCUGCUGCAACUGUAAUGUGCCACAAAAAGUGCGUGAAAAAGCUGGAUACGCUUUGAAAGAAGUUGUACUUUUCAACAAAGACGUAUUCGUUGGGCAAGUUCUAAUAGGUCAAACAAUAAAAGCUUUAAUUUCCAUGGAUUCAUUGUGUUCAUUGGAAGUCUUAUCUUCGCUUAUAAAAGCAAUUAGAAGUCCUCUCGUUGAUGUAAUCGAAUCCGUGGGUGGAAUUUCAAAGGCGAUUUCAUAUUUAAACUCAGAUGAUUUGCCAUUCAAGGUAACUGCGAUGGAUUUUGUACUUGAAAUUGGCUAUUUUGGGAGGAAAGAAGCUGUAGAAGCAAUGUUGAAUUGCGGGUUGAUUAACAAAUUGGUGGAAUUACAGAGGUCUGAUUUGGGUGGUGAUUUGAUUGAUUUGGGAAAAGUUCAUGAGGAUAGUGAAGAAGAAAUAGACGAAGAUGAACCCGAAGAAAAAGGGAAGACGAAGAAGAAGAAGAAAAGGGGAAAUAGAGAAAAGAGAUUUUUGGAGAAGCAUCCAUUUGCGAGCUGUGUAGCAAGAUUUACAGUGCAAUUGGAAGUAGGAGAAGGAUUAAGGCAAAGAGAAAAAAGGGGAUUUAAACAGGAGAUAUUGAAGAAGAUUAGAGAAGCUUGUAAUACUGAUGCUGAAGCUGCCACCAUUGUUGCUGAAGUUUUAUGGGGUUCUUCACCUUAAACUUGGUUUCAGCCGACAAGUAAGCACGCCAGUCGCGUACGUCUAAACACUUCAACUCGUCUUCUAUUAUGUCCAGUUGAACACUCUAACUUAUAAAAUGAUUAUCUAGAUAUCUUCAAAAUUUAUGUAUCACGUCACGUCAGUAUCACAAGAUGAACGAGACAUAAUGGAGAUGAGUUGGAGUAUUUAGUUAUCGUUUGAAAUCAAGUUAAAGUACGUGUAAAUGUGCAUUCUUAAAGUUGAAGUGUUUAUGGGCUUGAAGGCCAAAUUUCAAAAUUAUUGUGUAAGUAUGAUUUUUUUUUAGUAAAAACAAUUGGGGUAAUUUUUGUGGAUUAGUUUUAUGUUUGAUUGUGGUACUUCUUCUUGUUGUAAAGGGAUCCUGAAAUAAAUUCUAUAGAUUUUUCCUUUAAAAAAUUUAUAGAUUUAUUUUUU